GUACUGUGAAUAUACAUUAUAUACAUGUCAUUUCAUGUAUAUUAAUGCUGAAAAGUGUGGUUGUAUGUACUUAUCACCGUAUAUGUUAAGUAUAAAUAUGUUUUCAUGUGUGUUCUUAAGAAAAUUGCAGCACUCGUAUGGGAAAGUUUUGAUCUUGAUUUUGCCUUUGUCCAAGAAACCACACAAAAAAAAAUUAAGAAAUGCAAAAUGACCGGUAGGAAUUGUUCUACUGUACGAUCCGUGAUUGUAAAACGUAGGGAGACGAAUUUACAGCUGAAAGCAAAGUAUCGACAGAACACCGCGGUCACUAAUUGCAAGUGAAAGAGGAAGUGGAAUGAUAAAACACUGAUAAUUAGAGUUCGGGAAGAGGCAGUCCUUCGACUUUAAGUACUUGUGGUCUUGUGUUAAAACUGUAGAGGGCGCUGGCUUUCUCGAUCAGUGUGUUCACAGAUCGGGAGAGAAGGAAAAGGAGAGCAGCGGGGAUCACCCAGGCUCGGGGUGGUAUAGCCAAAACAUAUCGCUAAGAAAUGGCCGGAGGGUUGUGUUGGAACCGAAGCUGGACAGUGCCCAUUCUCAUUCUAGGGCUUUGCGCUAUUUCUAGUCGGGCUGAGGAGGACAACUUUAGUGCAGAGUCUUGGCUACAGACGUAUGGAUACAUUCCUCAAGGUGGCCUACGAAUGUCCACGAUGAGAUCAGCGCAGACACUCUCCAAUGCCAUUGCUAACAUGCAGAGGUUCUACGGAAUUCAAGUAACAGGGGAACUGGAUGAAAACACAAAACUGUGGAUGAAGAAACCCCGCUGUGGUGUUCCUGACAACUUUGGUACAGAAAUCAAGACAAAUCUGCGUCGUAAACGGUAUGCCCUCACAGGACAAAAGUGGAACCGGGAACGUGUCACAUUCAGUAUUCAGAACUAUACACCCAAAGUGGGGGAACAUAAGUCAUACCAGGCCAUCCGGAAGGCUUUUUCAGUCUGGCAGAAAGCUACACCAUUAAUCUUUGAAGAGAUUCCUUAUUACGAUAUUCGAUAUGGCCGCAGGAAGAAUGCAGACAUCGUGGUCUUCUUUGCCUCUGGUUUCCAUGGGGACAGUUCCCCAUUCGAUGGUGAGGGUGGUUUCCUUGCUCAUGCCUAUUUCCCUGGCCCUGGAAUGGGUGGCGACACACAUUUUGAUUCAGAUGAGCCCUGGACACUGGAUAACAUUGACCUUCAGGGAAAUGACCUGUUCCUUGUGGCAGUACAUGAGUUGGGCCAUGCUCUGGGCCUAGAACAUUCGAAUAACCCAAGUGCCAUUAUGGCACCCUUUUACCAAUGGAUGGAUACAGAGAAAUUUGUGCUUCCAGAAGAUGAUCUGAGGGGGAUACAGCAAAUUUAUGGUCCACCAGAUAGCAAACCCAAACCUACAAAUUCAUUGCCAACUGUGACACCACGGAGACCAAAGAAACCCAAAACACCUACGGAGAGAAAACCAUCUCCCAGGGACCCUGAUUCAAAUAUUCCCAGGUCUACCGAUGGACCUACCCAAUAUGGUCCGAACAUAUGCGAUGGCAAUUUUGAUUCUAUGGCCAUGUUGCGGGGAGAAAUGUUUGUAUUUAAGGGUCUUUGGUUCUGGAGGGUUCGAAAUAACCGAGUACUCGACAAUUAUCCAAUGCCUAUCGGUCAUUUCUGGAGAGGACUGCCACCCAAUAUUGAUGCAGCAUAUGAACGGCAUGAUGGAAAGUUUGUGUUUUUUAAAGCUAAAUUCUCCUUCCGCAUCUAUGUAGCUUAA